AUGAAACCAAAUACAGCUGAUGAGAUUAUGGAACGUUAUUAUAUGCCUGACAAGAAUUUGAAACGUUACCGUCAGGAAGGACAACCACCAUUCUCUGGGCGUCAAGUGAUUUGGUUUGCAGUCGACACAAUAUGGAUGGUGUUGAUAACAGUCGAAUUCGUGAUUUUGUUGACCAUAAUGCCAGCUGGUUUCAUCCUAUUGCUUCUAUUUCUAUUCGUGAAGAAGCUCCAAACGCACUGUCUCGUUGUUCGCAUACUGCUUGGACUAACAGUUACAAUGUGGUCUAUGUGCUUCGCUGCAUUCUUGGGACCCAUCAAAUUGGUGCCUGGAUUAGCGUCACUGGGUGUGACAAUUGUUCUAUCGGUGAUCACGGUUGUGCUAGCUCUAAAACUGCCACCGCUGAAUGAAAAAGGAUUGUUUAUUUUGCUGACGACACUACUUACUGUUAUGUGUUUGGUAUUCGCUGAGGCAGCUGCGGGGUUCAUUAACAAGCAAUAUGAAGUGCUCACUGUACAAGGAAUACUUUCGUGCCUGUUUGUAGUCAUUUUAAUGUUCAUCUGGGUCAAUAAACGACAAAUGAUCCUGGAGCCUCUGUCCCCUUCAUGCUCAGAAACCUUUCUAGCAUUCGUCGUAUGGUGUACGAUUAUAUGCCUAUUCACGCAAAUAUUAAUCUGCUUUCCAGCAUGGAGUGGUGAGGAAUGUCAGAUGAAGGCGAAAAAUAACACAAAAAUUGCCAACGUUCUGUCUAUUCUUCACAUAAAAAACGUUAAAUUUUAA